ACAAGACUGACAAGUCAAGAAAACGGCAUGCAUCAUUUUUUUUGGACCUUUUUCGUGGACUCUAUGCUACAUUUUUGGACAUUGUAACUUUUGCCAAGUACAAAUUCCAAUCUGGAGAGUCAGUCUUGAAUGAUUGAGAUGAGUUCUGUCUGUGUCUGAUGUUUUUAAGCUACGAUAUGACAGUACUUUUUUGUUGGAGGUGUUUGCAGCUGCUCUGUGUAUAAUAGAACCUCAAGAACCAUGCAAGAACGCAGCAAGAGACUUCUGGAAGACGACAACAAGUGGGACCAUCACUGACAAAACCAUCUGCGCACAAGAUACAUCCUCCAUGUGCACCCUGUCACCUGCCCCCGUCACCUGCUCUGCACUCUGAGGUCCUGUGACCCAUGAGUCUGGACACAGUUGCAUGAAGCAGGUGGAUCACAGCCCACAGAGGGAUGAGCGUGGAGAGGUCCAACCACCACAGCUUUGUGUCUUGUGAAGACGAGAGCUUCAGACUCAGUACCAUGCCUGCUGUUGGCACUUUUGGCAAUGGCAAAAUCCACACACGACGGAGAUACCACACCCGCUUCGUCAGUAAGAGCGGACAGUGUAACAUCCAGUUCUCCAACAUGGAUGAGCUGUCCACGAGGUACCUGUCAGACAUUUUCACCACCUGUGUUGACAUACGAUGGAGGUUCAUGUUCCUUCUCUUCAGCCUGGCCUUCGUGGUGUCCUGGCUGUUGUUUGGUUUGGGGUACUGGGUCAUUGGCACAUUGCAUGGGGACAUGGAAAACAAUGAUGAGAACUUUGUUCCCUGUGUGACACUAGUGAGGUCCUUUGUGGCAGCGUUUCUGUUUUCCAUCGAGACGCAGACAACUAUAGGUUACGGAGCACGCUGUGUGACAGAGGAGUGCCCUGCUGCUGUGUUCAUGGUGGUCUUUCAGUCCAUUAUGGGCUGCAUCAUCGACGCCUUCAUGAUCGGGGCCAUCAUGGCCAAGAUGGCGCGGCCUAAGAAACGUGCUGAAACGCUCCUGUUUAGUCAGAACGCAGUUAUUGCCAUGCGUGAUGGAAAGUUGUGCCUCAUGUUCCGAGUGGCCAACCUGAGGAAGAGCCACAUAGUAGAGGCUCAUGUGCGGGCCCAGCUGGUGAAGCCUCGGUACACGGAGGAGGGAGAGUACAUCCCUUUGGACCAGCUGGAUAUGAAUGUGGGCUACGACAAAGGCACGGACCGCCUGUUCCUGGUCGCUCCCCUCACAGUCAUCCAUGAGAUAGAUGAUGAAAGCCCUCUGUUUGGAAUCAGCAAGCAAGACCUGGAGACAGCAGACUUUGAGAUCGUCAUCAUCCUGGAGGGGCUGGUGGAGGCCACAGCCAUGACCACCCAGGCACGGAGCUCAUACCUACCCUCGGAGAUCCUGUGGGGGCACCGCUUUGAACCAGUGGUCUUUGAGGAGAAGAACCAGUACAGGAUAGACUACUCUUAUUUUCACAAAACAUUUGAAGUACCAUCCACACCCAGAUGCAGUGCCAAGGACAUAGAGGAGAGGAAGUUGCCCACAUCUGGGGCUAACUCCUUCUGCUAUGAGAACGAGCUGGCCUUCAUCAGCCGUGAUGAGGAGGAAGAGGAGGCAGAGGAGCACAGAGGGCAACAGAAGCGUCUGUCUGGACUGUCUGCUCUGGGCAGUGACCAGGCUUCCUCUCGCAGAGAGUCUGAGAUCUGA